CUCCAAUUCACUUUUCAGUUGUAUCGCAACAUCAGAGGACUGCGGAACAGUAUUUCGGACUACCUUUGAAAGAAACUCACUAAAUUAAUGUCUUAUAUGUCCAGAGUUCUUAAAGAACUGUGGGUUUUAUUUCGACUUCGACGAUUUUGUUUAUCAGCCUUUUUUCUUUUAAAUCGUUCACGCGAAGUUAUUAGCAGUUGAAAGCAAAUGCUCGCGAAUAGCCUAUUCUCGCUAAUAGCCUAGCCGAUAUGUACAUUUAAUAAUCUUAUAUUUUGGUUCAACUAUAAUUCAAAGCUGAUUUCAAGGAGCAUGUGUAUAGAUUUACUGGGAUUUGUUGGUCCAGAAGACGGAGGAGGCAUGCUGUUCUUAUUGCUGCAUGUUGUAGUCUGGAAAAUGAAAGUCCCCGCCUCCGUAUGCAGAGCGUGUGUCAUUGCUGUGACUGGAUCCAACACCACUUCGGUCACUUGAGCGCAGAAUACCUUUCCCAGCUGGAGCAGAUGGGAGGAGAUAUCACAAAGCAGAUUGCCCCUGUCCUUUUCCCAACUUCACUUUACAGACACAUAUAUGAUGCCGAGUUUGAGGACAAAGUCAGAUUCCUGAACGAGACCAUCUAUCAAAUCAUAAAACUGUUUGAUGGGAAUAGGAAUAGGAAGUCAGUCACCUGGGACAAGAAACACCUGGAUGAUUUCCUCAACAUUCUCGAACGCCAAUUUGAGAACCUUAGUUCCUGUGUAUCACCUGCCGUGAAACCUGAGAAGAGACUGAAACGGUACUUCAGGAAUUUGAAUAGAAAAGUUCUGAGAAAAAUGAACUACAGUGCAGGGGCGUGGGAGCUCAUCAGGAAAGAGACAAAACGUCAUCUGCAAAGAUUGGAUAUCCUUGUGGGACAGAUGUACUGAGCAUCCGUACUCAUCUCAGACGUUUCCCACUUACCAGUUUAUAAAGCAUGAAUACAAUCAUGUAGGACCCUGUUAGUUUAUUUAUUAUAUUUAAAAAUGUAAAUGAUUGUUUUUUAUUUUCAUAAAUUGUUAUUUAUAUUUUGUAUUUCUCUUUUGUACCUGUAUUGAACUGAAACGUGUAUUGCCUGUGUACUUUGAAAAUCAAUGAAAAAAGAAUAUUGAAAUUGUGAAUAAAAACUCAUUGUGUAUUAAA